UGACGACUUUCAUCUCCUUUGUCUCGUGGCAGUCACGCCAAGUUUUGCGGGCUUUACUGACGUUCUUUGCAUUACUACGUACCCAAGUUCACUUUAACGAAACGGGAGGUUCAUAUCAAUAUAGCAGAUCCCAUCGCGGCACCUAUGUCAGCUGCCUCCGCACUAUCCGAUCCCCCCUCCUCUCCAUCGGCCCCAACAGACGGUGCCACAAGUGACUCGGGCCUCGCAGAAUGGGCGAGUAGGAUCAAGGAGAUGCAGCGCCAAGUUGAUGCAGAUGAGGACACUGAACAGCGCCGUCUGGAAGAGGAAAUCGUAAGAACAAGGCUUGCGAGACAGAGAAGGCUCAGGACAGGACAGAGCGGUGAUUUUGGCAUCGGAAUGAAGGGAAUUGAUUUGAAGUCUCCCACAGGUGCAGUCCGCCCCACGGAAUCAGAUGAACCGAUCAAUUCCACUCGCGAGAAACCGACUCCCCCAGUAACAUUCCCCAAGCCUAUAGCCAAAGUUACAACAGCAUCUAGCGUGAAACGUGCUCCGAUAUCUCUUGCGGAAUUCAUGGGUGGCUCGGCAUCUGGGCCCCGCCUGAAGCGGCAUGAACCCCAGAUAGAUGCCAGCCGUGCAUACGAUGGUCGUAUGGAUCACGGUCCUGUUCAUCCAAUAUUUGGACGAGGCGGCGUCGCAAUGCCAGGCAUGGUAGGGCAGAGGGGUGAGAGUGCAUCGGCCAGAACCACAGCCACCAUUGCAACUGCGCCAUCGCCUACUGACUCACCGGUACUGUCUAAUGGACCUCUGGCGACCAAUCAGCCCCGCCCUCGAACAACUAGUACUCUGGCCGCUGCCCUCCGAUACGUUGAGAAGCUCAACGAGCAGGCACCACCGCGGGCACAGACUCCUAGGCUUUCUGGCCUCGGAAUCCGGGAACGUCGUAUGAGCACACCUGGGUGCAGCUCAUCGUCGGAAAAUCAAGUUAACGCUUCCGCGACGACAUUUAGCCCACGAUCUGAGAAUUUCACCGAGAAAACUAUAAUACCUGAUAUCAUGGCAAACCCCCCAGCCACCCACUCUGCGACAGACCCUCCUAAAGUGUUUGUAUCACAAGCUACAGAACCAAGUUCAAAGACGUUCAUCAGCGAUGUCCGAAGCAGACAGCCCAUUUCUGAGGCCCGCAAUAAAGCACUCCCUGACGGUGCUCGGGCGGGCGCCCUGAUGCAAAGUGUUCCAGGUACAUCUAUAAAUCCUCCUCCCUCGACUCCAUCUACUUCUCCGCGUGUCCUUCCUGGGCCCUUCGCAUCUUCGGACCGGAUGACCCCUGACUCACAGUCUGAGCGUGGAAGCGCGUCCGCGUUCCUUCGUCCACGUACCAAUUCUGCAAAGGAUCCGACACCCUCUAUCAGUCGACUUCAGGGCCGCGGUUUCGUGCAGAGUGUUGUGCGGGCUAGCGAGGCCGGAUCCCAGGCCAGACCGGUCAGCGUGAAAAAUGUAUUGUCUUCUCCCUCCCAAUUUUCGGUGGAGGGUGACUUACGGGAGAAAUUCACCCGGCGGGCGUCUGUUCUGGACCGAUGGCAACCUGGGAUGAACACUGCCCCACCUUCGCCUUCACACAGAAUGUCUUCCCCAACACGGUCUCAGAUUGGCGACCUGAGACAGGGUCAGGAUAACUCGAAAAUUGUAACGCACGAUACUGGCAGGUCUAUAAGAAGCGCGGUGUCUAUGUCUGCCAUUCCAAUGAUGGCCGUCAACAAGUCAGAUGCAAUGUCGGAGCAGGGUGUGGACAAGAAACUCGGUUCUGCAAGCACGAAGAUCACGCUCAUCAAGCCUGCCCGUACGGGCGACAGCCCUCCGGUCCCGGUUGUCAACGAGCUGGGGAUUAAAAAGGGAGGCUUGACUAUGACGGAAGUUGUUACAAAAGACAUCAAGGAGAGAGACAGAACUAUUCCAUCGAUACCAAGGUUAGGGAUGUCGGGAUCGCCAUCUUCCGGGAAGCCAUUGAGUCAUCCAACCAAAGACAGGGCAAAGAAACCGCGGAAGAUGGCGAGGUUUGAAGAAAUCAAAGCUUCAGAACCUGGGAGAUGUGAAGUCUCACCAGCGGGUUCCUCAGCGCUGGGCGUACAUUCUACCAAGUCCAGCUCCCUCUCUGCAACUGAGACUCGGUUCCCUACCUCAGAUACCCAGCAUCGCAGAAACCCGGUCGGGCCUGCCGUUGCCUCACACCCUGAGUUUGCACUUGAAGCCAAAGUCUCCCCUCCAAACGCCUCAGGACGUAUCGCAGGGCUCACGCCUACCAUGCUCCUUCAAGGCGGGCAAGGCGACAGCUCAGGAACUACGACUAAAGAUAAGGAGGGACAUACUGUGCCCACGACGCCUGUUCGAAAACCGCGCAUCCCAUCCACAGGAAAUCGUGCACGCGUUAUGGACGUUGCCCAGGUUAUGAAUGGUGCCCGCCAAAGCUCGCUGCCGAUAUGUCUUCGUCAAGGGCCCCCCACAAGUCUAAGUUCAGAUUCGGGCUUGGAUUCUAUCCUGGCUCCGUCAGUGGAGAGGCGGAAAUCGAACUAUGAAUCGCGUCCAGAGCUUGCGACGCCGGCAGUGAAAGACGAAACAGCACUACUUUCCACGCCGAUUGAUACGUUAUCGAGAACAGCUGAGAUAAACGAUGACGUCAAAGAAGGCCUCACAGAACUCGUCACUAAACCUCUCGAAAGGGCUACUGCAACUACGGGGGAGUCUGAGGUAGUGCGCAUUGACCAUGUGGAUGAACCCCUACCGAGGAUGGACGUCAAGGCUCUUCUCGAGGCAAACACUUCGUUGCCCUUUGUCCCGAGCCCUGAUCUGACCACCAUCUCGGUUGAGGUUAUGAGCGUUCUUCACGAGAAUGCCACACUCGUUCCAUGUGAUACGAGUAUCCUAUACGACACAGAACUUCUCGUAAUCGUUUACCGUGCGAGGUCACACAAAAGUGGGCUUGCAACCACCAAGGUGUGGUGCUGGCAGGGGCGAAAGAGCCACUGUGGUAUACGGGAAGAGGGGAAAGUUGGGGAACUCGCACGCAGAUACGGAACGUCGCCUGAGUACGUCCAUCAGCAAAGUGAACCGCCUGAAUUAAUCCAUGCGCUGGGUGGAAGACUUGCAAUACGACAGGGAAGCAGGGCCCACUGGUCAUCAGAGAACACUACAAUGCAUGUCAUCAGAUCGAACAGCAACCAAAUACUGAUUGACGAAUUGGACCUUAGAAUAAGGAAUCUCUGUUCCGGGUACAGCUAUUGCAUUACCAUCAUGGACAACGUCUAUGUAUGGUAUGGUAUCGGCUCGGUAUCUGCGGAACGCUCAGCAGCAUUAGAAUACGCGAAAUCCUUAGCGACCAGGGCCACCACCAUCAUCGAGCUCACCGAGGGGGUGAACGAUGGAGAUGACGACAUGUUCUGGAUGAUCAUGGGCGAUCCCGAGUCCUAUGCCAGAGCUGAUUACUGGAGGUGGAGGCAGAACUCGACUCCUUCUGAACCGCGCUGCUGGCUGGUUGAGCUCAGCAACGCGGAUGCACCGGUCCGUCCGGUCUCAGUCUUGUCCGCAGGGAUCAUCUUACAAGAGUCGGUGUACGUGAUCGACUGUUGCUGGGAGUUCUUCGUUUUAGUGGGUAAACGCGCACGAGGGAAGCGAGCUGAUAUCACACUGGCUGUAAACACGGCAAUGGUCAUGUCGAAACUCGACACAGAAUCCAAGCCGUUCUUGCCGACCGUGCAUGUUCUUAUUUUACCGACACAACUUCCCUUGGACAUGCGGCUCGCGUUCCGGAAUCUGGAUGAACUAGUACUAAAUGACGGCCUCAUACCGGACCAUAUGAAUAUCCUCUCUGUCAAAGAAGCAGUAGAGCACCUUCAGACGCUGGAAUGGGAGAAAUCGGCUCUGAGAGACCGUACAAUGCUCCCCCUAGGUCUUGAUACUUCUGAUAUUCCUCUGUCAUGACCUUGUAUGCUUGAUAUACACACGGAAGGAUACCCCUAGCCACAUCUCGUUGUUGAGGCCGUUUUCGAGUCUUUUCUUAUAUACAGAGGUCUGUUGUCAGCUCCUAAGUAACCUCAGAAACAGUUACAAAUGUAACUCUGACCUUGCUGGUUUUCGCUGUGUUG